AUGAAGAGAACAUUGACGCUUUACGUUAUUGAAAUAUUUCUACUUCCGGUGUUCGGUCGUAAGGCUGACUUAUUUGUGCCUGAAAGUAAAUCCUGGAUCUCUGAUGAUGGUUUCAGGAUUGUUCUUAAAUUAUCGUUCCCUUUUUCGACGUGUUGCAAUGUUCUUUUAAACGACCCGAUCGAAGACUCGAUGGCACUGUUCAGUCAAUUCAGAAGUGUCUAUCCGUACGAGUACCUCUUGAAACGAAGCGACCAGAAAUGCGACGGAUACCUCUUGCUGGGAUCGAGCGAGAAGGGGAUCCUGAGACUGAUGAAGAAAAUAUCGCCGUUGUCGUGGAAAACGGAGAUCCUCGUUAUCGUGAACAACGAAACUUCCGACGACUCUGACGUAUUCAACGAUUCCUCUUAUGGAAUGGCAAACGUGAACAUUGUUUCGAUGUCAGGGAUAUGGAAAUUGACAGAGAAUUACCUAAAACCGCGUGGGUUUAAUAAAAUUGACAGAUACGAAGAAAUGCUGCAUAAUUAUGAUGAGAUAGAUCUUCGUGGCAGGAACUUGCAGGUAUACAGCAUAAAUCGACCACCCAUGACGUUCUUGACUCGUACGAUCAAGAAAUCAAUCGACGGCGAGCAAGCAGAAGUUUACGUAAUGGAUGAUUAUUUCGGAUGGGACGGCAUCGAAAUGCAACUGUUCCUGAUAAUGGCGGACAAAUUGAAUUUCACGUGGACGCUUAGAAAACCCGAUGGAAAUUACACAUUCGGCGUAAAAAUCAACGACACGAUGUGGGAGGGUGGUGUUAUAGGAAUGGUUUUCAAGAAUAAAGCAGAUAUCGCGUUCGGCAGCAUAUGGGUAACCUAUGAACAGAAUAAAUUCAUCCAGUUAUCGGAUCCGUGGUUCGAAGUGUGCAUGCAUUUCUUGGUGCCCCGUCCGCGUCGAAGAACGAACUUUUGGGCGCUCACCAGACCGUUCUCCGAAGAGAUCUGGGAGCUUCUUCUAUUAGCCAUAAUCCUGCACAGCCUGUACGCGUACGCCCGUGCUUGGAUCGAUCCGAAAUUUCCAAAACGCUUCCGAAAUUUUGUGACUACCCUGACCGAGCUGAUCGGUUGGUUCCUGAACAGCUCCGUGCCUAGAACAAUCACGAGCAACAAACUUCAGAUACUUCUAUGGCAGAUCGCGGGAUGGUUAAUAAUUGCCGCUUAUUGUAGCAGCCUAGCAUCCCGACUGGCAACUGUGGAAUACCAGAAUAGGAUCGAUACCGUCGAACAGUUCCUCGCCGCGAAUUUGUCAUGGGGAAGUGUAGGUCAGGUGCCGCCGUUUCACGAUUACUUCGAUUUCACGGACCAGUCCACGGCGCAGCUACCGCGCAGAUAUCAACAUCUGGAGAACAUUACCGAAUGGGAAAUGUGGUUGAAAAAUGAUGGCCAUGCUGUCCUCGGAAAAAUCAUCGAUACAACUUUUUUCCCGAACGACUACGUACCGAAUGACUAUCUGAAGAAUUACAGGGUCAUGAUGAACCCGGUAGGAAGUUUCCACAUUGCUUUCGGUCUGCAACCGUGGCUUCUGGUACCGAUAAACAGGAUAAUGAUGCGGUUGAAGGAGACCGGGAUCGUAUCCUGGCAGUUGCGUGAUGUCAUACGCAGACGCGAUAGCUAUAACCUUCGCGAAGUUCUCGUUGAACACGACAGAUACGACGGGGCCGUGCAAGUACUCGGACUGACACCACUGGGAGCCGGAUUUUCUCUGCUCUUCGUUGGAUUUUCUGCAGCGACUUUCGUGUUUUACAUGGAACUGAGGCACACCGCAGGAUCGAGAAACAUCUUCCAUGUUCUUCGAACUAUCAACAGUAAACGUAGAUCGAUGAAUAAAAGGAAUGCACCGUCUCCAAAAGUCUGUAAACCUGAUAUAGAUCUGAAAAAGUGUCGCCUGAAUUCCUUAGAUUAUACUAAUCUUUCUGACAAAGGUCGAGUACCACCGAGAAGGAAGUAUACCGACAAGCGAAACCUUGCUUGCUACACCGUUGGCUCUAUCAUUAAUCAAGCCAUUGGCAUACAAUUAAAUUGUACUUCUUGCUUGUGCUUUAAAGAUAACUUCAUGGUUACUUCCAGGUUCAAAGUACAUCUUGUGAAACCCAUACAAAGAGUAAACGAAUGA